CAUUUGGGGGAUAUCUGUACUGUCCUGACAUUUGGGGGAUAUCUGUACUGUCCUAGACAUUUGGGGGAUAUCUGUACCGUCCUGACAUUUGGGGAUAUCUGUACUGUCCUGACAUUUGGGGGAUAUCUGUACUGUUCUGACAUUUGGGGGAUAUCUGUACGUCCUGACAUUUGGGGGAUAUCUGUACUGUCCUGACAUUUGGGGGAUAUCUGUACUGUCCUGAACAUUUGGGGGAUAUCUGUACUGUCUGACAUUUGGGGUAUAUCUGUACCGUCCUGACAUUUGGGGGA